UAUCGGAAAAGCACUCAGAAGACGAUGAAGGUAUGGAAAAUGCACGUUCAUACAAACAUCGAUGUGGAGAAGAUGAUGAACAACCACAUACUCCAGAAGAUAAGUGCAGCACCGUCAGUUAUGGAAUGUUCCCGAAUGAGAGCCCAUCCGCGACGACGACAACUUCCUUGUAUGUACCCUUUCCCGAUUCAGCUAUUAGCGAAGAGUUUAUAAAAACUGAGAAUAAUGGUCACUAUAUAAGUUACCUCACUGGUCCUGGUAUUCCUGAGUGGUACCUAAACGAAGAUUCAACUCGAUGGGUUGUAAGAAACAUUGACAUUUCUGAGAUAUGUCUUGAGUAUCGUGCAGUAGUAGUUAAAAAAUGCGAAUCCAUGGCGGUCGUCCUGAGUGCUAUCGAGGGUUCUUGGGAAGAGCCUGUGAUGGAUCUUCGGUUUGAAGGGAUCUAUCGCAUGAUAUUGAUUGGAGAGUUUGGGCUUCCAAGGGGUUCCACAUCGUGGGGCACUGUCUUGCAGUGUUAUCAGGUCAUGAACACAAUUUGG